AAUUUUCAAUCUCAUCAAAAUCACCGCAAUUGAAGCUUUUAUUCCCUCAAUUAAAGUCCCAUUUCCUCCUCCUCCUCCAUUAUUAAUCUCUUCCUUUUGUUCCCAAAUCAACUAUGCAAACAAACAUACAAACCUUCUUCCCCUCCCUUCCUUCUCCGGCGCUCGAAAACGCAUGGCCUCCCCCUCCCCCGCCGCCGCCAUCCUCCACCUCGGGAUCCACCACCGACGAUGGAAGAGUGGCGAAGGCCGUCGCCGCCACCGCCGUCAGUACCUUCGUCUUCUGGGGCCUCCUCUUCUUCCUUCUUCAUUUAUUCCUCACCCGACGGCAGCAGCGACGGCGGAGGCAAGUGGAGGAGGAGGAAGCGGAGAAGUCGAGGCCAGCGAAGAUCUCCCUCCCGGAGGGGAUCCGCGCGAGGGCGAGCAAGAGGCAGACCGUGUUCGUGGACGAGGACGGCUUGGACGCGGCCUACUGGCGCGAGUUCAACCGGAAGGUCGACGCUGUUCACGGCGAUCUAGGUGAGUCUCGAUCCGGCCGCCGGGGGGAUGACGACGAAGAAAGCGUGGACCUGGGCGACGUGGACGAGGAGAAGAAAAAGGAUCCGAGAAUUCAAGAAGAGCCUCUGCUUCCGGCCGGCUUCAUCAGCUCGUCUUCGCCGAUUUUUGACGAUCGGAGCUCGAUUUCGACGAGAUUCGAUAGGGAGAACAUCGACCAAAAUCCGCCACCGCCGCGUAAUCUAGGAUUGCCUCCACCGCCAGGUAGAUUACCUUCAGCGCUGCGGCCUCCUGCUGCACCGCCGCGGCUCCCGUCGCCAGCUAGAGUCAGUAACUCAAAACUACAGCGGCCGUCGUCGGCGCCGCGUCCAGCAACUACGGCAUCCGAGGUUAGGAACACAAGGCCACCGCGGCCGCCGUCGCCAAGUCGAAUCGUAUUCGCAGCACCUCGUCCAGCGAUUGUACCACCGGAGGUUGGUAACACAGGGCUGUCGCGGACUCCGUUGCCAGGCCGAGUCAUAUCCUCGCCGUCGCUGCCAGCAACAGUGAAAUCGGAGGUUAGUAGCACAAGUACGCCAACGCCACCUACUCCUCCGUCAGAACCGGGGCCCAAGCCAAACGCUGCCCCUCCGCCACCACUUCUUCCUUCAGCUAGGACAAACAAUCCUGCGCCUAAUCCGCCACCGCCGCCACCACCGACAGGGAAUCCAAGCGCGAAAGCGCCGCCGCCGCCACCGCCCCGGCCUCCAACAGGCAAGCCUCCUGGACCAGCUCCGCCGCCUCCGCCACCAGGCGGCAGGCCCAGCGGAGGCUCUUCUAGACCGCCAUCCGCUCCAGGACCUGCGUCGGCGGUGCAGGGACAAGGUGGGGCCACGAAAUUGAAGCCACUUCACUGGGACAAGAUGAACGCCAUUAACGUCGAGCAUUCAAUGGUCUGGGACAGGCUCCACAACGGCUCAUUCAAGGUUGAUGAAGACGUCAUGGAAGCCCUUUUUGGCACAGUGAUCACCAACAGGAACAUGAAGGCAGCCAACAACUCUGGCAACUCUGAGUCAACGGCGGCCUCCGCCGCCGCGUUCAUCCCUAUCACCUUGCUAGACCCACGUAAAUCGCAGAACAUCGCCAUCGUCCUUCGGUCGACCACCGUCAGCCGCCAAGCCAUCAUCGAAGGAGUCGUCGACGGGCGCGGCCUCAGCACUGACGAUCUCGAACGCCUCACCAAAAUCGCGCCCACCAAAGAUGAGGAGGACGUCAUCCGGGCGUAUUCCGGCGACCCUGGCAUGCUCGCAGACGCCGAGAACUUUCUCUUCCACGUCCUCCGGGCCGUCCCCGCCUCGCCGUUCUCCCGCCUCGACGCCAUGCUUUUCCGUGCUAACUACGAGCCCGAGUUGGCCCAUCUCAAGCAAACCCUGAGAACGCUGGAGGCGGCGUGCGCGGAGCUUCGGACGCCCACGCAAGGCCUCUUCCUCAAGCUGCUCGAGACGGUGCUCAAGGCCGGCAACCGCAUGAACGCCGGCACCGCGCGCGGCAAUGCGCAGGCCUUCAACCUCACGGCGCUCCGCAAGCUCGCCGACGUGAAGAGCACGGACGGCAGCACCUCGCUGCUGCAUUUCGUGGUGGAGGAAGUGGUGCGAUCGGAGGGCAAGCGGUUGGUGAUCAACAACCGAAGCCACGGAGGUGGGACGCUGGAGAGGGUGCCAAGCCGGUCCUCCUCAGCAGCGGUGCGGGAGGAGAGGGAGAGAGAGUACACCAUGCUGGGACUGCCGCUAGUCGGCGGGCUCAGCAACGAGUUCGCCAACCUGAAGAAGGCGGCCGGGUCCGACUACGACGCAUUCAAGACCGCGUGCCCAACGCUGCAGGCGAGGGUGGCGGAGAUCAAGCGGCUGGUGGAGAGUCUAAGCGCCAGGGGCGAGAUCAGCGGUGGGUUCGUUAAAGAGAUGAAGGCGUUCGUGGAGGGAGCGGAGGAGGAGCUAAAGGCGACGGUGUCAGAACAGAGGAGGGUGAUGGAGGUGGUAAAGAAGACGAACGAGUACUAUCACCCAGGGGCGGGCAAAGAGAGGGACGGUCAGCCACUGCAACUGUUCGUGGUGGUGAAGGAUUUCUUGGACAUGGUGGACAAGGCGUGCGUGGACAUCACUAGGAAUCUGCAGAAGAAAAAACAGGCAACGGCGGCGGCGGCAAGGUCGGGAUCGGAUCCGACGACGGGGGAGGAAGGUGCGGAGAGUAGGAGGCCGGUGGCGAGGUUUCCCAACUUGCCGGCGCAUUUCCUCAAGAGUAAUUCGAAGUCGGAUUCGAGCAGCGACGAGGAAGAUUGACUACUCGUUUAUUUUUUUUCAUUUUUUUUUUCAAUUUACAUAGCGAGGAUCGAUUUAAUUUAUUUGUUCAAGGGAAGGCCAAAACAUCGUCUGUUAUUUUUCAUGUAAAAAAGUUAGUAGAAAUUCAAUCAAAAUUGGAAAAUGGGGCAUAAUUGUAAAAAAGAAAUUCACUUGACUGUGUGUGUGUUUUUUUUUAAA